GUCCUACUAUUGAACCAUUUUUAAAUAUCUGAAUCAAUACAUACACAAAAUAUGAGAGAUUAAGCAUAUUUCCCGCCGACUGCCGAAAUAAAAACAGGAAACGUUUCCAGUUUGCACAAUAGGCAAAUCCAGAGUGACCCAAUUGUUUCGGCCUCACCAAUUAAAAGGCGUAAGGUAAACGAUGAGCAAGCGUCGAAGGCGGGCGCGCUCCGGAAGCGCCGCCGGCCGUCCUGUGUCGUCACUCACUCAGUGAUCGACGACCCUCGACCACGGCUCGACUCAUCGCUCGCUCGCCACACCACUACGACAAUUGAAGCGCGUAAUACACGCGUCCGCCCACAGUGGGCCUAACUAAACCGCGCGAACACGUACAAAUAUGUAACUUGAUAAGUUACAAAAGUUUUUAUCCAAGUUACCGGUGCUGUAAAUAAAUUAUGAAGAGAUUGCAAUGUUCGCUGUGGUUGCUAGUGCUAAUGAUCAAUGGUUGCCGCGCCGACGAUAUCUUUGAAACUGUGGAGGCGGUGGCGGGGCAGAGCGUGGAGCUCUCGUGCAACACCACGGCUGAGCGCGAGGGCGACAAGCUCAACGUGCUCGCCUGGUACAAGAACAGUUCCGGCGACGCCAUCUACAGCCGCGACCUCCGCGACGACUCGGCGUCUCCGGGCAAGUCCAACAGCUCGCGCUACCGGCUGGUGGAGGCGGGCGGCGAGGCGCGUCUGCUGGUGAUGGGGGUGCAGCCGGGGGACGCCGGGUUCUACUCCUGCCUGGCCGACUUCGCUAGCAGCCCCGCGCAGAAGACGCAUGUUAAUCUGGUUGUUAUUGAGCCCCCGCAGCGCGUGUGGCUGGUGCACGAGAACGGGUCGCGCGUCGCCAACGCCACCGCGGGCGCCAACGCCAGCCGCGUGCUCGGGCCCUACUACGUGGGCGACACCGUGCAUCUCUUCUGUGUGGUGUUAGGAGGCAGGCCUCUCCCAGCGCUGACCUGGUGGGUGGGGGACCGCCUCUACAAGAACACCUCCACGCCGCUGUCCGAGCAGCGUCUCCGCAGCGACCUGAUCUACGGGCCGCUAGUGCGCGAGGACCACGGGCUCGUGCUGUCGUGCAGCGCGCAUAAUCAUUACAAGACUGUCCCCGUGGUUGUGGAUGUCGUUGUUGAUAUGUUGCUCCCUCCAGAGCUAGUAUCAGUGCGCAGUGUGGACGACCUGCUGGACAGCGGCACGGCGCGGCUGCGCGCGGGGGAGCCCCACGCCCUGCAGUGUCGCGUGCUCGGCUCGCGGCCGCUGCCCGGCAUCAUAUGGAGGAUCAACGACGCACAGCUUUAUAACCUUGAGCAGAAGAUCACUGUGGAGCGUUCCCAGCGCCUCUCCGUGUCGGAGGUGCAGGUGACGGUGGGGCGCGAGCACGACGAGGCGCGCGUGACGUGCUGCGCGCCCGCGCACCGCCGCGACGCCGACUACGUGUGCGCCGAGCCGCUGCCGCUCACUGUCGUCUUCCCGCCAGUGCUGAGCGUGGUGACGUCAGGCCCGGUGGUGAACCGCACCCUGGCGGUGGUGAAGGGCUCGAGCGUCACGCUGAACUGCAGCUACGACGCCAACCCGUCCAUCUAUGAACUCAUCUGGUAUGCAGAGGACGAAGUGAUAACCCAGGAGCGGCAGGUCCCGGGCUCGCUCGUGGAGCCGGUGCUGCAUCUCGCGGCCGUGGCGGAGGCGGACGCCGGCGAGUACUUCUGCGCCGCUUCCAAUGCAGAGGGCUCCACCACCAGCGAGCCGAUUGUUAUUGAUGUCACGUACCCGCCAUUCUGUCAAGACCCGACGCCAGUAAUAUACGGCAUCGCGGCAUUCGAGCCCGUGAAUCUGACGUGCGAGGUGUUAUCCAACCCGCCCCCCACCACGUACCGCUGGGUGUUGGUCGACGAGGCCGUCAACAUAUCGACCAUCAAGAGCGAACAGGCCUGCACCACGCUCGAGACUACGGUCAAUGUGCUGGCGUACCAGAGGUCUAAUGAGACUGCCAUCACGACAAUAUUCUGCUGGGGCAUCAACAGCGUGAUCAACGACUCGCACACACUGCCGAGCACGCCCUGCACCUUCGUGGUGACUGACGAGACCCCGCCGCAGCCGCCGGCCCAGUGUCAGGCGGUCAAACACACAAUGAAGGAUAUCACGGUCAGCUGCCAGAAGGGACACGAUGGCGGGCUUUCGCAGAAAUUCAUAUUCACAGUCCAGUCGUUGGAUUCGGAAAAGCAACUUCUAUCAAUAACAAAUUUAGAACCACAGUUUAUAAUACAAGAGCCGACCGAGGAAAACUACAAGUUUACAAUUAUAUCGACCAACAGAAAAGGAGACAGCAGUGUUGUUGAGAUAAAUAAGGAAGACAUUAUCAUUCAGGAAGAAGCCGUAGAAGAGUCGAUAAGCGCCGUGCCCGACAUCACGACACUCGCCCUGUCUCUGUGCGGCGGCGUGGCGUUGCUAGCACUGGUGGCGUGCGGGCUCGUGCUGUGUGCUCACGAGCGAGGCGAGCGCUCAGAAUUAAGGGGGUCCAGGGAGCCCGCUAUACACGCGUAUAAUACUGAUGAAUCCAACUGCGAAACCUACAACGACAGCGACGAAGGCAGUGAAUACAACGUGAGGCGGACCGAUUCAUUUCGCAAAGCUGUAUCGCGGUAUCCUUCGAGAAACUUCGACGUGCGCCGAACGUCUUCCUUUCACUCGGCACGAUGUAUGAAUGACAUAGACGAGGCUCUGGCGAAGACGCCUCGCCACAGCGCGGCCUGCCGUGUGCACUCCAUGCAAAAUAUACACAGGAAGCGAGACAUGGACUUGUUGUGCGACCAUCUCGUCACACAUCUGCCGCCGGAGAUUAAUUACAACAUGCCUAGACCGGUCAAUACAUUCUACACGAUACCAAGAAAAAUGCGUCAUAAAAUGGCAAAAGAGCUUAGCGAUGAAAACUCAGAAAUCACACAAAACUCUGACGGCUUCUCUCUGCCGCCGCCUCCAGACGAAUUCGGAACUUAUAAAUCAGCUUCACGUAUAAGUAACAAAGAUAUUCCGUCUAGUAAAACCUCUGUCGGCUAUGCGACUGUGAGGAAGAAUGACCCUAGCAAACCAACGAAGAGUAAUUACAACAAUGUAAUAAUAUCUCCGAUGAACACCGUGGGCUUGCCUACCAUCAGCGGAGGGAGCAACGUGUACGCCUACCCGGACGAGGAGCCCCAGGUAAAUACCAACCCCUUCGACUCCGACUAACUUUGUCUACCCUUCAUUAAUCUCUUCUUAUUUUAUUCGCUUUCAAAGGACGCGCAGAGGAGACCCCCGUUAUCGACAUUCAAAAGUGUUUUUUCUAGUCCCAAGGAAUCAGGUCUUUAAAUUGUAUAGCUAGAUUUGUUGAAAAAAUAUUAUUUAGUAUGUUUUAAUGGGAAACUGUACUUUAAUUAAUAUUUUAUAUAAGAUCUUCAGUAGGCAUGCUAAUUAGAAGUAGAUAAUUAAAUUAUUUAUUAAUGUAAGAGUCAAAACCAAAUGUUUUUUAAAUAUAGCAUUUAUUUACAAAAUUAGAAAUUGAAGACACUUCUGUAACUUGCUUAGUAUUCAUGCACAUGAUUCAAAUCAAUGUAAAAAUAUUGUACUAAAUUAUUUUUAUAGAACAAAAUCAACUUUAUUAUCACUGCCAUAGCGAGAAUGUUAAGAUACUGUAUAAAUAAUAAAACUGUUCCAAAAAUA